AGGAACCAAGUUGUUUGGGAAAGGUGACUGAAACUAAACACGGGAAAAGCAAAUCUAGUUUCCACAAACUCAAAUCUGAAUUAAAUGGCUGAUAAACAGAUCAGUUUACCUGCCAAGCUAAUCAAUGGAGGGAUAGCUGGGCUCAUUGGAGUUACCUGUGUGUUUCCUAUUGACUUGGCAAAAACUCGCCUACAGAACCAGCAGAAUGGUCAGAGGAUGUACACCAGCAUGUCCGACUGCCUCAUUAAGACAAUCCGUUCCGAAGGUUAUUUUGGCAUGUACAGGGGGGCUGCAGUGAAUUUGACGCUAGUGACUCCAGAAAAAGCCAUCAAGCUAGCUGCUAAUGAUUUCUUCCGACAUCAUCUUUCUAAAGAUGGGAAGAAGCUGACAUUGCUGAAGGAAAUGCUUGCUGGUUGUGGGGCUGGGACCUGCCAGGUGAUUGUCACCACUCCUAUGGAGAUGCUCAAAAUCCAGCUGCAGGAUGCAGGCCGAAUUGCGGCUCAGAAGAAACUAAUGGCAACCCAGGCUCAGUUAAGCCCUUCUACUAGUGCUGGGGCAGCAGAGUCUGUAGUGGAGGCACGAACAACAGCUAUGCAAAUCACAAGGGAGUUGCUUCGGAACAAAGGCAUUGCUGGACUAUAUAAGGGACUUGGGGCUACAUUACUAAGGGAUGUACCAUUUUCCAUUGUUUAUUUCCCAUUGUUUGCAAACUUGAACAAACUGGGGCAGAAGAACCCUGAUGUCAAGGCUCCAUUCUAUGUGUCCUUCCUUUCGGGAUGCCUGGCAGGCAGCACAGCAGCUGUAGUAGUCAACCCUUGUGAUGUAAUCAAGACAAGGCUGCAGUCUUUGCAGAGGGGAAUCAAUGAGGAUACAUACUCAGGGAUCACAGACUGUGCCAGGAAAAUCUGGAAGAAGGAAGGUCCUACAGCAUUUUUCAAGGGGGCUUAUUGCAGAGCUCUGGUUAUUGCCCCACUCUUUGGUAUUGCACAAGUUGUCUAUUUCAUAGGCAUUGCUGAAUUCAUCCUGGAUAUGAUUCCAAAACGGCGGGAUUAACCCUCCACAUCUCUACCCAUCCAGAGGGAAUUCAUCGUAGUAUUCUUUGUCAUCAUGGUGUCAAAGCAACAGCACAAAGGGUUAAAGCAGUAACAGAUGAAAUGAAUGUUGUCUCCCAACAAAGUUUUUCCCCCCUUUGGUUAGCCUGGGCCCCACCAAUAUCCUAGAGAGGAUGCUUAAUUAUGCAUAUCUCCUUUUCAGUUAUGAGCCGCAAAUACAACAGUUAGUUAGCAGAGAUUGCUCUUGCAAGCCUGUUGCUUCUCUAUGGCAAGGGAGAAGCCAGCCACCCGGGCCUCUCAGUUACCAACAAAUCAAGAAGGAGCAAAGAACUUGCCUGUUUCCUCCCAUCUUGAUAUCAGGCCUCUAAGGAAGAUCAGGGAUCAUUCUUGUAAAAAGGGAGGCUUGAUUAUCAGGCAGGUAAUUGCUGAGAUCAAAAUGCUUGUCUUUAGGUAGUUCUCUUAAAGAUCUACAUCCAAUAUGCCCUAAAAAUGUGCUGGACUUAAAUGAACUCUGGAUGC